CUGCCAAUAUGGAUCGUUUUUUAAGUAUAACGUCUUCAACGCCCAAUAAAAGAAUUUGUCUAGAAAAUGUCGAUGACCCACCUCCGCCUGCUGUUGAUGUUCCUGCACCAUUGCCAGAACUUAAAUUUCAGUAUUUAUUCGAUACAGUAUAUAAACUGGUGUCGAUAAAUGGUGACAAAAUCAAAGCUUCUUGUCAAAACUGUCACAAAAUCAUUACUGCGUACACAACUUCAAGUGGCAACUUAUUAAGUCAUAUUAAAAGUCAACAUAUCUUUUUAAUGUCAAAAGUUGAAGAUGCAAGAAAGAAAAAGAUUGAAUCAACCUCGUCUACCUUAAUUCAAACUAAAAUAUAUGAUUCUACCAAAAAAGUGUCUGAGGAAAAGAUGAAUGAGUUGGUAUUUAAUUACAUAAUUAAUGAAAUGAAACCUCUGAUUACAUGCGAAAAACGUAGCUUUCGAGAAUUAAUCAUGGGACUUACUGGCAUUAAAGAUACUUCUAUUUUACCAAACAGAAUUCAAAUCAAAGCUCAAUUAAAAUCCAGAUAUGCAUUAUAUGUGCAAAUGAUAACAGAUUUAAUACAAAGUCAUAAUUAUAUUUGUACAACUGCGGACAUUUGGAGCUCAAACAAUAAAAGCUUUAUGG